AGUCGCGCCGCGCCCGUGCCCCACGCAGCCGCGCCGCGCCCGCCAUGCCCGCUCUCGGCACCGUAGCGCGUGCGCUGUCAACUUGCUGGCUGCUGCUUUGCGCUCUCGCAGGCAGUCAUCAGUUGUCUAUAACUGAAUUCGCGGUGCCGAGCACAGUAGAAGCUGGAAAUAAUGCGGAGCUGCAAUGUCUACACAGUGACGCCGAGCGGGUGGACUACGUCAAAUGGUGGUGGACGCCGAUGUAUGCAGCCAGCGAAGACAAGAAUCGCGUGCUUCUAUACCAGAGGCUAACAGGCCAUACACCGGAGAUACCCAAGAAAAAUGUGGAAGGGAGGGAGAAUGACACGAUAGUGUUAAUGGAUCUGCACUCGUACGACUCUGGUGUAUACGAAUGUGAAGUGUCCAACGUUGCUGAAGUGCGGAGACAUCAGGAAUUGAUAGUGUACUCUAACGGGACGGGAGUAGAGUUAAACGUGUCGAAAGUAGAAGACGGUCCAGACGAGGAUGACCUAGAGGAAGUUUUGGUGCAAUGUGAAGUGCACGAAGCCACGCCCCUUCCAGAUCUCUCAAUCUUCGUCGACGAUGUUAAAUUUGACAACGUGACGGUGGAUGUGGAAGAAGAUUCCAAUGGAGUUUACAACGUGUUCUUGAACUUGACGCUCAGUUCGGAUGUGGUUGCAGACGGAUCAAAUAUACGGUGUGAAUUAUCGUAUCCGAACCACAACGUCAGCCACCAGUACACAAGUGAAAUCGUUUAUAACUCAGGCACUGCGCUGUCUACGACGGAGACGCCCGAGGACACGACACAGUCUGAACUCGCAUCAGAAUUGAAAAAUAAAAAUGGCGUUAGCAAUAGAAGCCGAUGGAUAUUAUACGCUGUUCCCGUAGUUUUCGCUAUUCUAAAUAACUUAUUGUGAUACUAAUUUUAUGAACGAUAUUGUAUUUGUCUCAAUAUUAACUGUAACAUUAAAUUUAUAUUUGUUAGUUAAGGACUUU